CAACACUCCAGCCUGUCAUAAAAAUUGCAAAAAACGCUGGAUAAACCACGCGAAACGCAGAAAUUAAUUAAAUCGCACCCACCCGCCAACGACCAGGCACCAAAAAAGUCACAGUGACCGCGGAUUCGAGAGUGCAGUGCGCCAGUUUGCGACCCUUUGGCAACCCAGGCAGAGGCAGUUGUUCUGCUCUUUUUUAGGCGGCCGCCGUCGCGUGAAGACUGAAGAGAAAAUCGUGGUUUCCGCGAACGCUUUGUGUUUCGUUUCAAUUGGAAUCAGACAGGAUAAGAUGGCAGCGGAUCAGGCUCAGUUCCAGCAGCUCCUGGUGUCCCUUUUGUCCACGGACAACGAUGUGCGCCAACAGGCGGAGGAAGCGUACAACAACCUGGCAAGGGAGCUGAAGGUGACGCACCUCCUGGGCAACAUCCAAAAUGGGCAGCAAUCGGAGGAAGCGCGACAGAUGGCCGCCGUGUUGCUGCGUCGUCUGUUCACCACCGAGUUCCUGGAGUUCUACAAAGAGAUUCCCUCUGAGUCGCAGAACCAGCUGUUGCAGCAGAUUCUUCUAGCUGUGCAGCAGGACGUUACACCGCAGCUGAGGCGCAAGAUCUGCGAAGUGGUGGCUGAGGUGGCCAGAAACCUCAUCGACGAGGAGUGUAACAAUCAGUGGCCGGAUAUCCUGCAGUUUCUGUUUCAGUGCGCCAACUCGCCGACGCCGCAGCUGCAGGAAUCGGCGCUGCGGAUUUUCUCCAGUGUGCCUUCGAUCUUUGGAAACCAGGAGACGCAGUACAUCGAUCUGAUCAAGCAGAUGCUGGCCAAGAGCAUGGACGCUAGUUCCGAUCCGGAGGUCCGUGUGCAGGCUGUGCGAGCCGUCGGUGCUUUCAUUCUCUACCACGACAAGGAGAAGGAGACGGCCAUUUACAAGCACUUUGCCGACAUGCUGCCACGCAUGAUCCACAUAACUGGGGAGACAAUCGAGGCCCAGGACGAUCAGAGUCUGCUCAAGUUGCUAAUCGAGAUGACCGAAAAUUGCCCGAAGUUCCUCCGUCCCCAGUUGGAGUUUAUUUUCGAGGUCUGCAUGAAGGUGUUCAGCUCGCAGGACUUUGAGGACAGCUGGCGCCAUCUUGUCCUCGAAGUCAUGGUCUCGCUGGCCGAGAACGCACCGGCAAUGGUACGCAAGCGGGCCGAUAAGUACAUCGUGGCUCUGAUUCCGCUGAUUCUGCAUAUGAUGACCGAUUUGGACGAGGACGAAAACUGGUCCACCGCCGAUGUGGUCGAUGAUGACGAUCACAGUGACAACAACGUGAUCGCCGAGUCCUCGUUGGAUCGUCUAGCCUGCGGCUUGGGCGGAAAGGUUGUCCUUCCGCACGUGAUGAACGCUCUGCCGGCUAUGUUGGGCCAUGCUGACUGGAAGCAUCGCUUUGCCGCCCUCAUGGCCAUAUCGGCCAUCGGUGAGGGCUGCCACAAGCAGAUGGAGGCCAUUCUGGAUGAGGUCAUGACCGGAGUCCUGAACUUCCUGAGAGAUCCGCAUGCCCGCGUUCGCUACGCCGCCUGCAACGCCAUCGGCCAAAUGUCCACCGACUUUGCACCGACCUUCGAGAAGAAGUUCCACGCCCAGGUGAUUCCUGGUUUAUUGUCCCUUUUGGAUGACGUGGCUAAUCCCCGAGUGCAAGCGCACGCCGGUGCCGCUCUGGUUAACUUCAGCGAGGACUGCCCGAAAGUUAUACUGACACGCUACCUGGACGGGAUUAUGGCCAAGCUGGAGACCAUCCUGAACUCGAAGUUCAAGGAGCUGGUGGAGAAGGGUAAUAAGUUGGUGCUGGAACAAGUGGUCACCACCAUUGCUUCGGUGGCGGACACCUGCGAAGCAGAGUUCGUGGCCUACUACGAUCGCCUCAUGCCAUGCCUUAAGUUCAUCAUCCAGAAUGCGAACUCCGAUGAUCUGCGCAUGCUACGUGGCAAGACCAUCGAGUGUGUGAGCCUGAUUGGAUUGGCGGUGGGCCGGGAAAAGUUCAUUGGCGAUGCCGGUGAGAUCAUGGACAUGCUGUUGGUCAACCACACCGAGGGCGGAGAGCUGGCUGAUGAUGAUCCCCAGACCUCGUACUUGAUCACUGCUUGGGCCCGCAUGUGCAAGAUUCUUGGCAAGCAAUUCGAGCAGUAUCUGCCACUGGUUAUGGGUCCCGUGAUGCGGACAGCCACCAUGAAGCCCGAGGUGGCGAUGCUGGACAACGACGAGGUGGAGGAUAUCGAGGGGGAUGUGGACUGGUCUUUCAUUAAUCUUGGCGAGCAGCAGAACUUCGCCAUUCGCACCGCUGGCAUGGAUGACAAGGCUUCCGCCUGUGAGAUGCUUGUGUGCUAUGCUAGAGAACUGAAGGAAGGAUUUGCCGAGUACGCCGAGGAGGUGGUGCGUCAAAUGCUGCCCAUGCUUAAGUUCUACUUCCAUGACGGUGUCCGCACGGCGGCUGCAGAGUCGCUGCCCUACCUGCUCGACUGCGCCAAGAUCAAGGGUCCGCAGUAUCUGGAGGGCAUGUGGUUGUUCAUCUGCCCGGAGCUGCUGAAGGUGAUCAACACGGAACCGGAGCCGGAAGUGCAGUCGGAGCUGCUCAACUCGUUGGCCAAAUGCAUUGAGACCCUGGGACCCAAUUGCCUCAACGAGGAUGCCAUGAAGCAGGUUCUCGAGAUCAUUAACAAGUAUCUAUUGGAGCAUUUCGAGCGGGCCGACAAGCGUUUGGCGGCCCGCAACGAGGAGGACUACGACGACGGCGUCGAGGAAGAGCUGGCCGAGCAGGACGACACCGAUGUCUACAUCCUUUCCAAAAUCGUGGACAUCACACAUGCCCUCUUCCAGACGAACAAGGCCCAGUUCCUGCCCGCCUUCGAGCAGGUUGCCCCCCACUUCGUCAAGCUGCUGGAGCCCAGCCGACCCGUCGCCGAUCGCCAGUGGGGCGUUUGCGUGUUCGACGAUCUGAUCGAAUUUUGCGGCCCCGCUUGUGCUCCCUACCAGCAGAUCUUCACGCCAGCUCUGCUGCAGUACGUGCUGGAUAAGUCGCCGGAGGUGCGCCAGGCGGCUGCCUACGGAUGCGGAGUGCUCGGCCAGUUCGCCGGCGAGCAGUUUGCGCUCACGUGCGCCCAGAUCAUUCCACUGCUGGUGCAGGUCAUCAACGAUCCAAAGGCCCACGAAAUCGAGAACAUCAAUGCGACCGAGAAUGCGAUCUCGUCAUUUGCCAAGAUCCUCAAGUACAACAAAUCGGCGCUGACCAACGUGGACGAGCUGAUUGCGGCUUGGUUCUCUUGGCUGCCGGUGACCGAGGAUCCGGAGGAGGCCACCCACAUCUAUGGCUACCUGUGCGACUUGAUCGAGGCCAAUCAUCCCGUGAUCCUUGGCGCCAACAACUGCAAUCUGCCGCGCAUCGUCUCCAUCAUCGCUGAAGCCUUUGGCACCAAGGUGCUGGAUGCGCAGAGCGCCACCGGCACACGUAUGCUCACCAUCGUCAAGCAGGUGGAAUCCAAUCCGGACGUGAUGGCCGCUUGUGCCAGCACCCUCACACCAGAGCAGCAGCAGGUACUGCAGGACGCCUAUCGGGAAUUGGCGAACGUGCCGACCGCCUAAGGGGUCGGAAAUCCCCAGCUCCUCCAGACCCAAUCCCCAAUCCAGUCCUGGCGAUCAUGGCAACGAAGGAUGGAUGGAAGCGUCAGCAACUCGUUAUCAUUGUUUUUCAUCUGACCGAAGUUGUCGUCGCAAAAUGCAUUAUGAACUAUACGUUAAAAAACACACACAUACACGCAUACUUAUACUUAUGUGUACACGCUAGAGUUAUCCGGGUAUAUAAUUCUAUAUAUACAUAUAUAUAUAUUGUGAUUUCAAUCAAAAAAUCUUCUCCCGAAGACUAAAGUCUGCGCCUCGUUAGAAUUUGACAUGUUGUAUGAAACGGAUCCCAAUGCCAUCACAACCACACACAAAUUCCAAUAGAUUAUUUUCGUUACUCAAAUUUGCAUAUGUUUUACACAUAUGUGUGUAUAUUCGGCCCACACGGCCGCCUCCUCUUCCUGCAAAAAAAAAAAAAAAAAACAAAACAAAAAACAGGAUGUAAACGUUGUCCGAAUCGAACGAAAUGUAAUUUUGUGCAUUCAAAUCAGGAUCCACAAAAAUAUUUAAAGGAAUAACAUUUAUUGUAUUUUAAAAAAUGAUAAAAAGAACGAAAUAAAUAACACGUAAAACGAAA